AUGACGACGCAAUCAGCAUUCUUUCACGCGCUCCUCCGGCCUGCUAUCCUCCAGAUCCUCCGCUCGACGGGCUACCACUCUGCGAAACCAUCCGUAGUAGAUUCCCUCACGGACAUCGCAGGUCGAUACCUAGCCGUGCUGUGUGAAAAGACCGCCUCGCACGCCAUCCACAACCAAGGCGAUGCGGGUGACUACACCAUCGUUGAUGCGCGGUUGGCUCUCCAAGAAGUCGGCGCGCUACUACCGGAGAAGACCGCCACGGAGCAAUCAUGGCUCGGGGAGGAAGACACGACGGGUGUAGAUGAGUUCAUCGACUGGUUUUCAGGUCAACGGAUGACGGAACUUAUGGAGAUGGGAAUCGGAGAUGGUGAAAUCGACGCGACGGAUUAUUUGAACGCCCUCAAGAAGAAGCACGCCAAAACAGCGGAAGAUAGCAAAUUCACGGGAACCGUUAUUGGCAGGUCCCUCGAUACGAUUGCCGAGAUCCAAGUCGAGGGCGGACCGGUGACGAGCGUAAAUGAAUGGAUCAUGCAGCGAAGCUCAUCUCACACCAACCUGGCAAAUACGAACCGCGGCGAGACGAGUCGCGAUCGAGGCUCGCCUACCCCCAGUUCGGGAUUGAGUUCAGUAGGGAGCAGACUUGACGAUGACAUGGACCUUUCCUAG